AUGUCUAUGUCCAACGAUGACUGCCAGAAGACCCGCGAGGGCUUCCCCAGGCCUUUUCCCAACACACCCUCCAACGUUCUGGAACAGCUCAAAGUCACGGGCAAGGUAAUUGUCGUUACAGGCGCCGCGGAUGGUAUUGGAUAUGCCGUUUCCGAGGCGAUGGCUGAAGCCGGAGGCAAUGUUGCGUUGUGGUACAACUCAAAUGAUGCAGCGGUUCAGAAGUCGAAAGAUCUCGCGAGCACUCAUAAUGUGAAGACAUCAGCAUACAAGGUCGACGUUUCGGAUUCCAACCAGGUCCAAGAAACCAUCGCCAAAGUUCUGCAAGAUUUUGGCAAGAUCGAUGUUUUCAUCGCAAAUGCUGGAAUGGCCAUCUCCAAGCCUAUCCUCGAACAGACUCUCGAUGAGUACAGGAAACAGAUGUCGGUCAACGUUGACGGAAUCGUGUACUGCUCAAAGUAUGCCGGUGAAGUCUUCCACCGCCAGGGCUUCGGCAACCUCAUCAUCACAUCCAGCAUGAGCGGCCACAUCGUCAACGUGCCCGUCGAUCAGCCCGUGUACAACGCCACCAAGGCGUACGUGACGCAUUUCGGAAAGUCUCUUGCCCGCGAAUGGCGCGAGUUUGCGAGGGUCAACAUUGUCUCCCCGGGUUUCUUCGACACUAAGAUGGGCGCUGGUCCGUUGGCGCUGCAAGAAGCCUACCGCAUGGCGGCGUUGGGAAGACAAGGCCACACGAAGGAGAUCAAGGGCCUGUAUCUGUACUUGGCUAGUGACGCGUCCACGUACAUGACAGGUAGCGAUGUCAUCAUUGACGGAGGUUAUGUUUUGCCCUAA